CGCAACUUCCGCUAUCUCACUGCUGAGCAAAAUGGACGCCUUUGUGUCUGUUUUCUUGGUAUUCACACUAUAGAAACAAUAAAAGCUGUGUACAAGUAUCUUCAAUCAAAUAUGUUUAUUAAAUAUUAUAAAAGAUAUAAAUAAACAAUGUAUUGUGUACCAAAGCCGUGUAAAUAUCGUUUCGACUGGUCAAGUAAACGCGUCUAAUCAAGUAGGCCACAGCUACGGAUGACAAUUGAGUGAAUAUCAUACUCAGGAAAACAUUUCAAGUGAAUUUUGAUGUAUAAUAAGCUUAUAAAAUUAUUGUGAUUAUAAAUAUAAUAUUAAUUUGUGAAUAAUAUAUCUGAUUGGAAUAUAUAUUAGUGGCCUCCCGCCAAAAUUGUAAUACUAGUUUGCAUUCGUUGGCAUUAAUAAUAGUCAUCACUAGUCGGAUGGCAUAACUUAUGAUAUAAAAAAUGGAUCGUUUAUUGCAAGAUCCGAGAGCAUCAUCCAAGUUUGGUUGAGAUUCAAUGAUCAUCAUGGGAACUUGAAAAGUAAAUCCACGUUAAGCAAAGACAUAGUGAUAGUGUUGAUAAAUAGAUACUGUGAUCCAGUGUGUAUCAGUGUUGAUAUACCAUCGAUAGCCGAAGAAUCAACAGGUUGUGAAAAUGUUUAUUAUUCAAAGUUGGGGUAAAAAUGCGUGUAAUAACUUUAGAACAAUUAUUUUAAUAAAAGACCAUUAUUUAUUGUGAGACAAUUGCAUAAGUUAGAUAAAGAGUGAUACGUAUGUUAAGUAAGUUAACGAUAAAAUUUGGUCAAGACAAUUAAUACUAAAAUUGAUGAAAAGUUUAUUAAUUGUGUUGAAGUGUAAUGCCAGAAUUAAUCAAAGUCAAAAUGAAUGGGGUUAUACCGAGUGUUCCAAUCACUACCCUCGCUGGUAUCGCGAGUCUUACUGAUUUAUUACCGGAAAUGCCCCUUCCAACGCCUUUACCACAAACUCUAUCUAACAAAUCCCUGUUAUUUCAUGCACGAGUUGCUGAAGAAGCCAAGUUACAGCUUGGUAAUAGAGAUGAAACAUUAAUACCACAGUUAAUUCAAGCUUUAGCACAAACAUCAUCGGACAAUAUUGAAUUAAAAGAUCAAUAUAAAUCUGAUCAACCCUUGGAAAAUGAGCAAAAUGCUCCAGAAUUAUUAAAAGCUAUUUUGGAGAUUAAUCCACACGUGUUUAAAGGACCACAGUACAACUCUUCAAGAAACUGGCCUCAAAAUACAUCAAUGAUGCAUCACGCCAAUCAAUCUCCAGCAAGUUAUGGAAGAUUUUCACCCUCGUAUUCAAAUUCAUCAGGGUCAAGACAAACACCUCAAGGCAGCCCAGCUCAUCCCGCAGCUGCAAGAACUGUUUUACCUCCACCUAGUAAUAUGGGUCACGCACAACAUCCUAGAAUGCCAAUGACGCCACAAAACCAUGUAGAUGUAUCACAAAUGUCUCCUUUCGCUGUGCCUUCACCAUCUCCUCGAGCUACCGUUAUUACGGAACAAACAAGAACAUCAACAACCCCACAACAUAUACAGGAUGAUGCUAAUGGGAUUAAUUCAUUAUCAUCUACCAAUGCUCAUGCAACUAUCUACUCACCAGCUCAUAUGGGAUCCCCAAUUCCGAUGAUGCAGAUGCAACAACAUGUUCCUCAGCAACACAUCUCUCAGCAACAUCAUUAUCUUGGUGGUUUAAUGCCUCAGCACAAUAUGCAUAUGACAACGCCAAUGCAUACUGGCAUGGCCACUCAACAAAUAAAUAUGAAUAUGAAUAUGCAACAAACAAUGUAUGAUCCAAUGAUGAAUCAACAAAUGCAACAUUCAAUGACUGCUAAUAAUACCAUAGAUUUGGGUAACACAGUUCCUGAAAAUUCACAAUUUUUAUUAGAUUCAGUUCCUGGUUUGUCUGAUAUAGAUUUACCAAUUGAAGGCAUAGAUCCAAAAUCAGGAAUUUCUCAACAGGUUGGAAAUUUAAUGCAACAUACUAAUCACCCUAUAUAUCCAAAUCUUAAUCCUGAAGCUGUUGUUAAUGCAUUUGAUCCAUCUCUCACAAUUCCAAUGCAUCAUGAGCAACAUUUACAUCAACAACAGCAACAUCAACAGCAGCAGCCACAACAUCAACAACAACUUCCACAUCAACCUCCACAGCAACAGCAACAGCAACAACAACGACAUCCAUUUCAAGCACAACAACCUCAACCUCAGCAGCAGCAGCCGCAUCAUCAACAACAACAACCUCAACAACAGCUCCAGCAAUCACCAUUGCAACAACUUAUACAGCAAGACCCUCUUCGACAUCAAGCUUUACAUCAGGAACAGUUACCGAUGCAGAUGCAGCAACAGCACCAAUCUUCUACAAUGAACGAGCAUGUAAUCAAAGAUAACAAAAUUUCUGGACAAUCAGUUGAACAAAAAUUUAAGGAACCUGUGGUAAUGUUAGAUAGACUAGAUCAAACGAUAAUGCAACAAAAUCUCAGCCGUUACAUUGAAAAAUCUUCAAGGCGAACUACUAAUUUAAACGCUACAAAGCAAGAAAAAUCCGAAUCAGAGAAUGAUGAUGAUGAUUUAAGUAACAAGCAAUUUAAAUCACGAACAAAAGAUCGAUUAAGAACUCGUAGGCGAAGAAAAUUAUUAGAUGACAAUGAUAUAGGUGAAGAUGAUGAUGUAGAGGAAGAUGGAGAUAAACGGGAAGAAUUAACUUCAAUAAAGCCAAAAAUAAGAAAAAUUGAAAAGAAAUUGGUACCUGUUUUGGCUAAAUUAAGCGUUGAUGAGUUAAUGGAAACAAAUACUUAUCAAAUGUUUAAUUCAAUGCUUGACACAAUAUUUGAUAAUACAGAAGAUAUUGUAAUAUCUGCUGAUUUUGAAGAUGACGGUAAUGUACCCAGCGAAUUACUCAUUCCAAAAAAUCAGUUACAAGCAUUAUGUAAAGAAGCAGCAAAGUUAAAAUCACUAAGGGCGAUGGAAUCGAUUCCAUCUGAUAGGUUAGUCAAGUUACUAACGAUAUUGGAAAAAAAUAUUCGAGAUGGUGCUAGAGUAUCUCCAUUAGCUGAUCCUGAUGACGACGUUGAAGAAAGUAAACGAUGGAUGCAAUUAGCGAUGGAGAGAGUAGUACGUGCAGUUGAUGCAUCAGUAAUUGCAUUAAAUAUCAUGACCUCACAAAAUAUGCCGAAGGUUGUUUAUUUAGAAGAAGUCAUUGAUCGAAUUGUUUUAUUUAUGAAAUUCCAACUUCAAAAUACGAUUUAUCCAUCAUUCGAUCCAGUUUACAGAAUAGACACGAAAAAUAAGACUGAAAACUUCAACUCCAGCGGCCGUAAAAAAAGAAGUAAUGCUAAAGAGGUUCGUGAAAAAAGCAUUCUUGAAGUAUACAACAAAAUGCGCGAGCUUAUUACUCUACUUGCUGAAUUGUUGAACAUCCAGUCAUUAACUGACACUAGUGUACUUAAUGCUUCAACGUUAGGCGUUGCACCUUUCUUUGUCGAGUCUGUCAAUGAUUUGCAAUUGAGUGCAUUAAAGCUUGUGACGGUUAUAUUUACUAAAUAUGAAAAGCACAGACGGUUGUUAUUGGAUGACAUCUUAGCAUCAAUAGCUCGAUUACCAAGUAGUAAAAGAAGUUUACGAACGUAUAAACUGAAUUCUGGUGAUCAUAUACAAAUGUUAACAGCACUUGUACUACAGCUUAUUCAAUGUGUUGUCACGUUGCCCGAUAAUCUUACCCGUCAAGACAAGAAUUCUAAAGAUGAAGAAGAUAAGAAGGAUGAGAAGAAACCAAUACACGUUGAUUCAGAUAUAUUGAUUAUCAACAAGUAUGAGACCGCAACUAGAUUAGCCGGGAGCUUCCUAUCAGUCUUUCUCAAUAAAUGCAGUAGUAAGGGUACAGAAGUUGACUACCGACCAUUAUUCGAAAAUUUUGUUCAAGAUCUAUUAGCAACUGUAAACAAACCUGAGUGGCCAGCAGCGGAGUUACUAUUAAGUUUAUUAGGAAAACUUUUAGUCAAUCAUUUUUCUAAUAAAAAUUCAGACAUGUCAUUAAGAGUUGCUUCUAUAGAAUAUCUUGGUGUUGUUGCUGCAAGACUGAGGAAAGAUGCUGUGAAUUCUCAAUGUAAAUUAUCAACGAUUGAUGAAAUAAUUAAAGACAUCAGAGCGGAACAACAGAAAGAUGCUGAUUAUGAACAGUUGAAACAAAUUUCUGAAUUUACUGAUGAUGAUGAUCGAACUAAAUUUUUACAGAAAGUACUUCUUGAUCACUUAGCAGUAAAUGGCACCAAUGAUCCAUCAUUAAUUUAUGCUCGACAUUUUUAUUUAGCACAAUGGUAUCGUGAUUGUGCAGCUGAGAAAGCUCAUGUUGGUCAAAUGAAAAAUUCACCCGUUAAAAAAUCACAUAAAAAGAAAUCGAAAAAACGUAGCAACAAACAUGUGGACAGCGAUCCUGAAUCAGACUCAAAUGAUGAUGGGAAUGAAGAUGGGAUCGACGAUGUUGAAGAAGGGGACAUGAAUGCAGAUGAGAAUGACAAUAAUGAACGAAAGAAUUCGGAGGCCUAUCGUAAAAUUGAAGAGAAGAAAAAAUUUAUUUUGAGCUCAAUCCGUCCCUUUAGUUCCACAACAAAACCAGAUAUCUUUCAAACAUAUAUAGAUUAUACCUCAGCUGAAUUAAUAUCACAAUAUCUUGCAUCGAAACGACCAUUUUCUCAGAGCUUUGACAAGUAUCUUAUGCAAAUUCUUCAUGUACUGACAGAACCGUCCAUUGCGAUAAGAACAAAAGCUAUGAAAUGUCUAACGAUGAUUGUUGAAGCUGAUUCAAGUGUGUUAGCAAGAACUGAUAUGCAAUUGGGUGUUAAUCAUUCAUUUUUAGACUAUUCAACGUCAGUACGCGAAGCUGCUGUCGAUUUAGUUGGAAAAUUUGUUUUAAGUAGACCUGAGCUUAUUGACAAGUACUAUGACAUGUUAUUAGCAAGAAUAUUAGACACUGGUGUAAGUGUUAGAAAAAGAGUGAUUAAAAUCCUUAAGGACAUUUGUAUAGAAUGUCCAGAUUAUCCAAAAAUACCAGAAAUUUGUGGGAAAAUGAUAAGACGAGUAAAUGAUGAAGAGGGUAUAAGGAAACUAGUGAUGGAAGUUUUUCAAAAUAUGUGGUUCACACCAGUUCGAGAAACACCUACACUUGAUUCUACAGUAUUAUUGAGGAAGGUAAUGAAUAUUACAGAUGUUGUUGCAACUAAUAAGGAUGGGUUAGAGUGGUUUGAACAGCUGCUGGUCAGUUUAUUUAAGCCAAAAGAAGAUAAAGAAGACAGCACAAAAUUACAGACUGAACCACCGAAAGCUUUAUUAACUGCAUGUCAACAAAUUGUUGAUUGUUUGAUCCAAAAUAUACUACGAUUAGAGUCUAUGAAUUUAGAUGUAAAUAAAUCAGCAGAAAGAAAAGGAUCAUCUCAAAGACUUGUUGCUUGUAUGAUGACGUUAUAUUUAUUUGCAAAAAUCCGACCACAAUUAUUGGUAGAACAUGCAAGUACUCUCCAACCUUAUCUUGGAUUAAAAUGUCAAACUCAAGGGGAUUAUCAAAUAAUCAGCAGUGUUGCUCAUACAUUAGAACUCGUUGUGCCGUUAAUGCAGCAUCCGAGUGAAACAUUCUUAGCACAAUUAGAGGAAGAUUCAAUAAAAUUAAUGAUCCAACAUGAUAAAUCAGUUGUGGCUAGUUGUUUAUCAUGCUUAGGAUCAAUAGUCAAUAAUGUCACGAAAAAUUUUAAUUUAAUCCGUGACUGUUUUAAUAAAUAUUACAGUAGUUUAAUUCAAUAUAAAACAUCAUAUGAAAAAGAUCCAAACAAUCCAAUGUUAUUGAAAGCUCGGCCAAUGUUUCGACGAUCAUUAUUUACUGUUGGCCUAAUUCUACGACACUUUGACUUCACUGAUCCUGAGGUAAUAAAAGGGCUACCGGAAAACAUCAAAGAUCAAGUGUUAGAAAUAUUUAAUUAUUUUUUGCAACAAGAAAAUAAUGAUAUUCGUCAUCAUACUUUAAUUGCUAUUGGCUCUCUCUGUAUUCGUCACUAUGAAUUUAUGAUGACUCCGGAGUUUAAAGAGCUUUAUCAAUAUUUAUUAACGUCCGAUCAUGCUUUAGAAAUGAUGAAAGUGCAGGUAUUGAAUAAUGUUGAAAUGUACUUGCAAGAAGAGGAAAAAAGGAUGAUUAAACAGGAUAUGGAGUGGGCUAAAAUGUCAAAGCAAGAAAAUUUGAAAGAAAUGGGUGAUAUAUCAUCUGGUAUGGCAAGUACUGUCAUCCAAUUGUAUCUCAAAGAAAUAUCAGAGGCAUUUAUACACUCUAGCCUGGUUGUUCGUCGUGCAGCAUGUAAAGUUAUACAGUUAAUUUUAGCUCAAGGAUUAGUUUAUCCAAUUCAGCUAGUUCCUUACCUUAUUUGUAUGAGUACCGACGUUGAAAAAUCGGUUUCUCAUAGUGCAGACAAUCAACUGCAAGAAAUUGAACGUAAAUAUCCUGGUUUUAUCCACAUGCAAUCACAGUAUGGAAUAAAAUUAAGUUAUAGACUGCAAAAGAUUUUGCAAAAUAAUGUUGUUGUGAGAGGAAUGAGAUUAAAAGAAGGCGAAUUACCUAGUGCACUUAAUGGAUUUUUAUACACGAUAUUGAGGAAUACAAAACAACAAAGGCGUGCAAUAGCAAUAUCUUUUCUAAAACAAUUUGAAGAGUCUGCUAAAUCCAGUCUAUCACAAAUGUUGUAUUUAGCUGAUAAUUUAGCAUACUUUACAUAUCAAGUUCAGGAUGAGCCGCUAUUUAUUAUCCAUCAUAUUGACAUAAUCAUUUCAAUAUCUGGUGUCAAUUUAUUACAAUCUUUCAAAGAAGCAUUACUUCCUAAAGCAGGCGAAGCAUCAAAACAAGAUCAACAAAAUUCUCAGUCAGCUCCUGUUCAGCCAAUAAUUUAUGGUCUUGAUGGGCAACCACGACCAAUACAAAUUAUGACUGCUUUAGAAGACGAAGAUGAUGAUGAAGAUGAUGACGAAGCUAUUCUUGCUCGGCUUCCUGAAGAUACAACAUUACUUCGUGGAUAUAUUACCGCCAGUCAAGGUUUUCUCUUACUUCUUACGUUGAGACAGCAUUUAAAAGAAGUUUAUGGGUUCUCGGACGCUAAAAUAAGUCAGUACUCACCUUCAGAAUCAGCUAAAGUUUACGAGAAAGCUUUAACACGGAAAAGUAAUGUUCACUUUAACCCAAAAGCUACGAUAGCUAAGUUAAGAGAAGGUGAUAGUAAUCAAGAACUCGAUGAAAAUGGAAGGAAGAAACUUGUUGCUGAAUACUUGGAUUUCAAACAACUGAUGCUCAAGUUUGAUCCUAAAGAACCAGAUGAAGAUAGUGGAGAAAAUGAAGUUAAAAAUUCCGUUGAUAAACCAGUACAAAAAGUGAUGAACUGUGAAGUAGAUCAAAAUAAAGUGGUAUCGGUUACUACUGAUUCAAAUGUACCAUCGUAUCAACAGAACAUUAAUUCUGCGCAUCCAAAUAAUUCAGUGAAUGUGAUGCCAGCACCAACAACGCCGCGAGUACCAAAAUUUACCAUACAGACUCAUUCAGAAAAUGUUAAAGAACACCGUAAGCAUCGCACGCACAAAACGGACAAGGUAAAAAAACAUAAAAAGAAAAAACGGAGAAGAAUUUCCGAUAGUAGUGAUAGUGAAGACGAUUGCAGUGAUCCCGAUUAUAUGGUUUAAGUGCCGCGUGUGCUAUUAGCCUUAGUGAUUAUUAUUACAUUGAACAAAAUGAAAAAAAUUACAACUAAAUAAUAAAUAAAUGAAAGAUAUAAAAAAUUUUUUCAUCUGUGUCGAAUACAUUUGAAUGCUUGUUUUUUCUCUUUGUUUUUUUAGCAUAUGUGUACAAAUAUAAAUAUGAUAAAAUAAUAAUGAUAAUAAUAAUAUUAAUAAUACUACGUGAACACUGAUACAAAAAUACUGCAAUAAAGUGACUAAAUUUAGAGAGACGAUUACUAUCGCCAGUCAAACUUUAUAAUGCGAAUAAUAAAUUAUUCAUUGUAUUGGUUAAGUAAAAUAUAAUUUUAUUGGCUGAGGAA